AUGGCGGAGACUAAGCCACCCCCGUCCACCUCUAACACGUUAGUCGGCCAAGUCGCUGGGCAUCACGGAGCAGUCGUGACAUGCCCCGGUGGGCUGAAAGGCCCUGAGAGGACCGCUACAGGGGACCCAGGGCAGGGCUGCCAGCAGGCCGUUGAUGAGCAGGCCUCAAUGGUUGGAUCACCCACCUCCCUGGGCGUCGUAUCCGGGCUGCAGGCUGCAGCACCUUCGAUUCCAUCUCCCCGUCGCCUUCCAAUCACCACCCCCCAUCCCCUCUCUCCCACGUCUCACAGAACAGCCAGGGCCAAGCAGCUUCGAAAAAGCCAAAGCCCGUCUUCCAGGGGAAAGCAAACGAAGUUGCCGCCACAAGGAGACCACACGGGAGACCACGGGAGAGGGAGAGACACCAAGGAGCGAGACACCAGCAGCUUCGAUGCCCGGGCCUUCCCCCCUCGCCUCGACCUUCGACUGGCUUUGAACAUGGACCCGGACCCGGACCUAGACUUGGACUUGGAUAGCGUGCUUGUCGCCCAUGAUGCUCAUCCGCCGGCUCGCCAUCUCCCCCAUCUUGGCCACUCGAGCUCCAACCCAGCUGCCUUCUACUCUAACCCUGCCAACGACAUCGUCCUGCCCGCCUCGUCCACCAAUGCCCAGGUCCUCGCCCAUCAUGCUGCUGCCACCUUAGAUCCUGACGACUUUUACAAGAGCUACCAGACAGCACCCGGCGAGCCGCAGUCCUUCCCAAUGGCCUCGCCAGUCCCGCCUCCCGACACCGAUGGGGCUGCUGCAAGACACCUGCAGCCGCCUGCAAAUCGCAGCGCUGGCCGUCAGGGUACCGGUACUGCCAUGCGCUCCGCCUCGAACCCCCUCGACCGCAAGUCAGCCGCGACGUCGAGAUCCCCUUCGGCCAACGCCCCCAGCGUGAAGGAUCUGAAGAAGCGCUUCGACCAGACCGGCGGGCCAAACUCCAUCCCCAGACCUCCUCCGCGCCAGGUUGCUCCAGUCGCUCGGGUCAGGCAAGAUACUGUUAAGACCAAACCGAAGCCGAAGCCCAGCCCGUCAGGCUCUUCGUCCACGCACGCAAACUCUCGCUCUGGCAUCCCCGCUUCCAACUCGUCCAAGCAGUCUUCGUCGUCGACCUCGACCUCGACCUCGAGUCGUUUGCAAAAGGCGAGGCAUGCGGAGCGCGAGCAAAUGUCGGGUAGCUCUCGGUCGUUUGCAAACCGCAUUGGGAACCAUCCACCCGAGACAUCCACUAACGGGAACUCAAUCGCCUCCAGCUCUAUAACACCUCGACCACGCAAUUCCCCACAUUCAGCCUCCCAACCGUCGCCGCCAUCUCCAAAGUCUAACCCUCAGUUUCCGGGCCUACUCUUCGGAGAAAUCCCCCCGGGCCAGCACGACGUCGUGGCCGCCGGCUUUGGCAUCGACACCCUUCCCCCUCGAAGAACGUCCGAAUCCAACGUGCACGGCCUCGUGGGUCGUCAACGCAGCUUCUCCGACCUCGAAGCCGAGCCUGCAUCCCCAUCCAGCUGGUACAGGGACCUCCACAUGUCCCGAGGGAGCGCACCCAAAACCCACACGCGAUCUCGCAGCGAUCACUCGGCGUCGAAACAUCUCCUGCCCUUGAUUCACAAAUCGCCUCCGCCCGCAGUCACGUCAACAGCGACAACAACAACGGCGGCACUCGCUGCGGCCACGGUUACGGCAACGGCUGUUGCAGCAGCAGAGGCCACCGCCCACUCCGCCACACACGCGUCAGCAGGCGCAAGCUCCAAGCUGCCCGUUUCCAUCAGCAGGAGACUGGCGAGCCCAAGCCCUUCCAGUCCCGCUUCCUCGCGAUCGAAUUCACCCUCUACCUUUAGGAGACCACCGGUCAAUGGUCGUAGUAGUAGCAGACAAGCCAGGCCGAACCCCUCUACGACUCGAGCGAAAACACCCACGCAGACGGGUCGAAAACAGCCUCCCCAGGGCCUGGCUACACCAAGUAAUAGCAACAACCGGCUCCAGGCGUACGUGUCCACUGCGCCGCCCAAACUUUCCCCGCCCUUGAGGAGUUCUCGUCCACGACAGCCAGUCUCCGUAGCGACAACAGCAAGCUCCCGAAUGAAAGAGGCGGCCAAAACGAAGGCCCCUGCACGUCCAAAUGCGAGGGAUAACCCUUCUUCGUCAAAGACGUACGACCCGGCGAAGCGUAAGAUAAUAGCCGUUGGACCUAUAGACUUUGAACAGCGUCGAGAGCACAUUCGGCUGGCGUACACCAAGACCAUUCGAGAAAGCCAGGCCUACGAGGUGCGCCAAAGGGCGGUGGAGAGGAGGCGGAAGCAGAUGGAGGAGGCCAAGGCCAAAGCAGAAACCGCCCCAACUACAACGACCGCUCCAGAUACAGAUACAACUACAACUACAACUACGGCUUCGCCUACCACGGUGACCGCCGGGGAGGAAGAGGCCUCAAGUAACGAGCCAGCACAAGACCACGUAAAUCCAGAGGUAGAGGCGGCGGAGACAGGGCCGGCCGAAAGCUCCUCGGCGAGGGAGCCGGCCGUGGAGCUCCCAGCUGAUCAUGACCCUCGUGCUGUUGUGGAGAACAACCGCGCAAGCCUUCUAGAAAUCCCGACAGAUGCAGCCUCGCACCCAGCUCCUGGCAAGGAUGAUGAUUCGCCGACGCUGGGUAUCCCCGGGAGCUUCCCUGAACCUUCACCGUCCGCUAACGUAGCAAGAAAGCAACGGCCUCUGUCAACCAUUUCAGCAACCUCUGCUGUUACCGAGUUCGAUAUUGAGCCCCAGGAAGAGCUUUCCGAACUGACUAUGUCCGAUCGGCCGCUCAGCCCCCAAAUCAUAGUGCCGAAACGGGAACGCUCUCAGUACCGAAGCCCCUUUGAGGACGACGACUUUCCAUCAUCGCCGCCGCGGCCGCGCUCAGCGACUCAUCACAUUAGCCAAGAUAGCCAUACCGACCAGCAGUUUACCCCUGACGCUUAUUACGACGAUGAUCAUCAGGACAACUCCUUUGAGACCCAUGUGCACCAAGAUUACCAAACCAUUGUGACGAUACUGCCGCAGCCUUCGCACGAGCCCCCUGCUGCCGAGAAGACUGCGCGGGCGGCGUCUUUUCCCCGACUGGACAUUCAAGAUGAAUCAGACUGCCACUCAGACCUAGAGAGCGUUCCGGCAAUGGCUCGCCGCAUGCGCGCUGAUGUCGAUGAUGCCGCCACAGAUGCCUGUACCGAAGAGACAGACGACCGAGAUGGGAUGGAGGAUGAGCGGUCCCCGUACCGCUUCGGCGCCGCCCAUUCGUCGAACAGGGCUUCCACAUGUGCAUCAUCGGACAUUGAAACCUUUGAUGACCUUCUAUAUCCUUCGCAUGACGAGCAGCUUGAUGCGGGUCCACCAAACAAACUUUUGGCGCCGCCCUCGAUAUCCCGGGCCGACAGGUCAAGCCACCAAACCGCAUGGACAAACGUCUCUGUGGAGAGUAUGGGACACUCCGAGGCCUCAGAGUCGCCUGUUAUGCGAGCAUCUUCAUGGAAGCUGUCUGGUGGUUCGUCUGGAAGAGACGAUUCCUCCAUUAGAAGCUUCUCUUAUCACAGCGCCGGUGUUCGUCCUUCUGUCGACUCGACACGGUCGUCGAUCCAACUUGGCCAGCAGCUCCCGGAACUAGACACGGGCGAAGGCUUCUCGAUCCCUUACUUAUCUGCAGAGGCGGCUUCUGACUUUUCCUAUCUAUCGUCGCCGAAACACGAACAGCCGGUCCUUCCGCGGUCUGGGCGAAACUCAGCCAUCGAAUCGCAAACGUCAAGUGUAUUUUAUGAACAGUCUCAGUAUGGCAGCACCUUGGUCAACUCUGAGCGGGGAAGCGGGGAGUACAUCUCUCAUCACUCGGAAACUCCUCUGUCAAUGAUGGACAUGACCUCGAUGGAGACUAUGGACCAGUACUUUGAGGGCCAAGCCCCCCAAGACAGCGAUGCCAAAUCGUUCAUUCAGGAAGCUGAGGACCUAAGCAGCGAAGAGCGACAUCGCCUGAUUCAAAGGCGAAACGUCAUCAAGGAGCUUGUCGACACUGAGGCCAUCUUCGUAAGAGACAUGAACAUUGUAGAAGAGAUUUAUAAAGGCACCGCGGAGGCUUGCCCCAAGCUGGAUGCGAAGAUAAGCAAGCUCAUUUUCCGGAACAGCGACGAGAUUGUCGAGUUCCACACCUCGUUCCUCGUCCUCCUCAAGGAGGCGGUGGCCAGUAUCUAUGUGCCGAAAAGCGGCCGCUCUCUUGUCGCCAGAGAGGAUUCGCUUUACUCGGAACAAAGCCAGACAUCAAUUGUCGACCUUAGUGACGCCAAGGACCGCGAGACGUCGCUUGGUCCGGCGUUCCAAGCCAGCAUGGAGAAGAUGAAGCUUGCUCACGAGGGGUUCCUGAGGAACAGCGACCAGGCGGCCAAAAAGCUCAUCCAGAUCCAACAGGAUCCGACGGUUCAGAUAUGGCUGAACGAGUGCAACGAGGUAGCCAAGGACCUGACCGCUGCGUGGGACUUGGAUUCUCUCCUCAUCAAACCGAUGCAGCGAAUCACAAAGUACCCGAAUCUGAUCAUGACGCUCCUGCAACACACUCCCCAGGAUCAUCCCGACCGAGAGCCGCUUGUGGUGGCCAAAGAGGCGCUUGAAGAGGCCAUUAUCGAGAUCAACAAGACAAAGAAGAACUUUGAGCUGGUCGGACAAAUCGUCGGUAGAAAACGUAAGGAGUCCGACGUGAAGGCGGGACUUGCUCGAGCCUUUGGCAAGAAGGUGGACAAGCUACAAGGCGGUACUCGGCCGCCCGAGGAUCCUGAGUAUGUCAAGCUGGAGGAAAGGUUCAGUGAUGAUUAUCUGCGAUUACAGGUCGUAUUACGCGAUGUCGAGUUCUACACUAGGCAAGUGUCGUCGUACGUGCACGAGUUUCUGCAAUAUCUGUCGGCGAUUGAGUUGGUCAUGCGACUCCAGCCAGGCAGCUUCCCCGAGCUGGAGAGCAAGUGGGUGCAGUUUAACAUUUCGAUCCGCGACAUUGAGAAGGUAGCGCUGGAGCAGCACUUGGCACAAAUACGAAAGCAUGUCAUCGAGCCGUUUGAACAUGUCAUCAAGUCUUACGGGAAUCCCUCGCUGGCUAUGAAGAAGAGGCAAAAGCGCCGAGUUGUAUGGGAGCGUGCCGAGCAGCUGAAGAAGGCGGGCAAAAGCGUGGAACCCAAACUUAAGGAACUGGUUGAACAAUACGAGGCUCUCAACGACACGCUGAUCAAGGAGCUUCCGAAGCUGUCGGCGUUGACGGAAAAGGUGGGAAACAUUUGCCUGGGCAACCUCAUCAACAUCCAAGCCAAUUGGUACCUCAUAUGGAGGGAAAAGAUGAGAGCUGUUCUGGCGGACGCGCCUGAAAUGCCGGAAAUUGAGGAAAUCGUGGCAACUUUCGAGCGAGAGUUUCCCUACGCAAACGAGAUGAUGGCCAACAUUGGCAUCAUCAACCCGGCCUACCAUGGGCGAACAUCAAUCUCGACGACGAACGGAGACGACAACCUCCCCAGAACGAGGGGGCGAACGUCAGAAGCAGAGAACAGAGCAUGGGGCCAGCCCUUGAAUGGCGAAGCAGUGCCGUCUCUGCCCGCGCCCGAUUUCGGCAAACGACACAGCGGCUCGUUUACUCUAUCUCCCAUUGCCGCUGGGCCUUCCAGCAGCUUGGGGGCGUCGGCGCCCAGUCCUCACCAGUACUAUUACAGAGACUUUUACGCCGGCCUGUCAAGCAGCCAGGCAGGAAUGGCAUCACCGAGAUCGGCCGAAGCGCCAGCAACCUCUCGAUCGCUUGGCGGUACGAGGCCAAGUACGGGCAAGAGCUUCGAUUCGUCGGCCGUGGCGAUGCCGCGACAGAGCACAGAGUCGGCACCCCACACCCGACGGGACUCGGGUAACACCUAUUAUUCCAGCUAUCAUCAGCAUGACAGCCGCAGAUUCUCCAAUCUGUUUCACUCCGCGCUGCCUCUCCCAGACGGCCCCGAAGAGAGCCAGCGGUCGUCUAGGGCAUCGUCGCGAGAGCGAGCGCAUGUUUCUGACGGAUACAAUAUCUUGUGGUUGGCCGCAUCGCUCUUUGAGUUUAACAUUUCCACAACAAAACACGAGGCCGGGUAUCCUUACCUGACAUAUCAGGCGGGCGAGAUUUUUGACGUGAUUGCCGAAAAGGGCGAGCUCUGGCUUGCAAAGAACCAAGACGACCCGACGGACCAGGUGGGCUGGAUCUGGUCCAAGCAUUUUGCCAAGCUGGCCGACUCAUAG